AUGUGGGGGUUCAGGCGCCUGUGGUUCCCGCCGCCGCCGCCGCCGCCGCUGCUCGGACUCGGGGCCGCCAGCUCGUCCAGCCUGCCGGCCAGAACCAUGAGCCAGGAUGGCCGCGGCGGGCCGCCAGGCGCCCCCUCGGCGGAAGGACGCCGCCCGCGUUGCCUGCACUUGUCCGCGGUGCCGGGGGCCGACCCGCAGCGCUGCAACGAGUUGCUCCUGCUGGCGGCGGCGGCGGGGGAGGGAGCGGAGCAGCGGGGCCUCCCGCAGGAGCCGGCCACCGAGGAGCCGCCGCCCCAGCAUCACGUCCUCUAUUUCCCCGGGGAUGUGCAGAAUUACCAUGAAGUUAUGACUCGUCAUCCUGAGAAUUAUCAGUGGGAAAACUGGAGUCUAGAAAACACUGCCACAAUUUUAGCCCAUCGGUUUCCCAACAGUUAUAUUUGGGUAAUAAAGUGUUCCCGAAUGCAUUUGCACAAGUUCAGCUGCUAUGACAAUUUUGUGAAAAGCAACAUGUUUGGUGCCCCAGAACACACCCCUGACUUUGGAGCCUUUAAGCACCUGUAUCUGUUACUAGUUAAUGCUUUUAACUUAAGUCAGAAUGGUUUGCUGUUGAAGAACAGGAAUGUUUGGAAUAAGAAUUCUGAAGCAUCUAACUGUAUGUCUACUUCUACUAGUAAUGGUUCCCAGGGAGAAAAAGAGAGGACCUGUGAAAAGUUUUCUCCACCAUCACUAAAUGGUGCAUCAUUUACAUUGAUUGGAUUCAGUAAAGGUUGUGUUGUUUUGAAUCAGUUGCUGUUUGAAUUGAAAGAAGCCAAGAAAGACAAGAACAUAGACACUUUCAUCAAAAGCAUAAGAACAAUGUAUUGGCUGGAUGGCGGUCAUUCUGGAGGAAGUAAUACUUGGGUUACAUAUCCAGAAGUCCUAAAAGAAUUUGCACAAACAGGUAUUACUGUUCAUACUCAUGUAACACCUUAUCAAGUACAUGAUCCAAUGAGAUCCUGGAUUGGAAAGGAGCACAAAAAAUUUGUUCAGAUACUUGAAGAUUUUGGUGUGCAGGUGACUAGCCAAAUUCAUUUUGCAAAUGAAACUCCGUCCAUAGAGAAUCACUUCAGGGUUCAUGAAGUAUUUUGAAACUACAAGAAUAUUAAUGGACUUGUUUAGUGGAAAAGCAUAAGCACUUUGUUGUAAGUUCUCACAAUGAGAUAUAAGAUAUAAUUCAUUAGAUUCAUUGAGUUUGGGAGCAGGGAGGAGCACACAUUCCUAAAAUAUGAGUGUAAUGUGCAGUAGGAUUCCUUGCAUGUGAAUGUUUUAAAUUGUAGAGUGGAUUAAAACUGAUUGGAAAUCUAAGAAUAAUUUAUGUAAUUAUAUGAGGAGAUGUGGGACCCUUAAAAAUUAAAAAAAAACAAAACAAAACAGUAGAGUCCUUUUAAAA